UAGAUCUAUAGAGUGGGUGGUUGCAGUUUUGACUACUGACACUUGUAUAGAUAAUUAUACAUAUCUAUAGCAGUGCUAACUCUACCCAAUGAGGCCAAUCCGUUGCUAUUUGUGUGUUCUGCUGAACAUGGCCCUGUACUUGGUGUGGAUUGUGGCUUGGUUGCUGAUGAGUGAAGACUACAGUGCUGAGAACACACCCCUCACACAGAGGUGUACUUCACCACCCCCUAUUCCUGCUAGCAAUGACAGUGCCACUCAGCUAGCCAGUGUGUGGAGGAGGCCUCGUCUGGUCAGAUUUGCCUGGUACUCUAGGAGACAAACACCAGUGCACGUCGGAUAUGGUGGGAAGACAGCUAUGGCUAUACUUGGUCCCUAUGGGUUCCAAGAAACUCAUACUGAUGAUUGGGAUUUGCUAUGGACCAUGAUUCCCCAGUGGGACUACCUGCAGAUGGCAUCCACUCCUGACCUCCCUCGACCAUGGCAGGUCCACAACCAUUGUCUAGCUCUCACCGACAAGAGAGGGAUCUCUGGCUCAAAGGUGGCACAGUGGGAGCUGUUCAAGUGUAUGAGGGACAAGUAUGGCGCUGACACUUUCUACUACAUGCCAGAGUCAUUGGUCAUUCCUAGAGAUACCCAAAUCCUUGGUGAUCUACUAAAAAAAGAAAAAACACCUUGGAUUUUGAAGCUAUCUACUGGAAAAAGAGCAAUUGGAGUACGACUUUUGUACAACGCUGACGACUUAACAUUUGGCUCCCACGAGUACGUAGCCCAGCGUUACAUCACUAAUCCCUUUCUGGUCGACAACAGAAAGUUUCAUUUGAGGCUGUACCUGGUCAUCACUAACCUGAAACCACUGCGAGCUCUGCUACACAAAGAAGGACUGGUUCUCUUUGCAAGCUCAAACUAUUCAACUGAUCCAAACACGUACAAUGAUUUGAGCAAACAUUUGACUAAUGCUGCAGUUGCUGACAGAACUGAGAGACAAAGCUCCUACAAUUCAAUGCUUCUCUCUGAGUUAUGGCCUGCUCUAGAAACUGACUAUAACAUAGACACAACUUCAAUCUGGAACAAGAUAAUUGAUAUCAUGGCUAAGUUGGUUCUUAGCGAGCAGUGCGAUAGACAACUUGAUACAAGGACUCCAGGAACAUGUUUCGAUCUUAUAGGUGUAGAUGUUAUGCUGGAUUCGACUCUCACUCCUUAUGUCCUCGAAAGUAACAAUGGACCUGAGCUGUACACUAUGACAGAGAAAGCUAACACUAGGAGAGCAAAUGAUUUAGCACAUAAAGCUAUGCUAAAGGACCUCAUCCCUUUGACAAUUAUACGAGAGAGAGAUUCAGUUGAAGAGGAACUCUUUCGUAAGAAGCUCCAUACAUUCUCAAGAGAUCAGAAUUACCCAAUGUGCGGUGAAAACUCGAGUUUUGGUGGGAAAUGCAUCACAGAAGCAAUCACAACCGAGUUAUGGCAGUACUAUUACGAAGAAACACAUCUUGAAGGCUUUCAACGAGUGCUACCAAUGCCUGGUUACGCACAGUUCCUCAGAGACAACCAAACAGACCAAAUGUACGAACUUAUCAUAAAAUGGAAUCGAUGGGACAAAUCUAUUCGAAAUAAAAAUAUUGCCUAAUUAUAUGCAUAAUUUAUAUAAUGUUAAAAAUUUACUAACUGUGACUGAA